UGGGUGUCCCGGUGAGGCCGGGAGGGCAGCAGGAAGAUGCUGCUGUCGCUGGUGUUGCACACCUACUCCAUGCGCUAUGUCCUGCCCGCCGCCGUCAUGAUGGGCACGGCGCCCACCUAUGUGCUGGCCUGGGGCGCCUGGCGUCUGCUCUCCGCCGUGUUGCCCGCCCGUUUCUACCGCGAAGUGGACGACCGCCUCUACACCAUCUACCAGAGCAUGGUGCUCUUCUUUUUCGAGAACUACACGGGCGUGGAGGUAAUAAUCUACGGCGAUUUGCCAAAAAAUAAAGAAAAUGUAGUAUAUUUAUCCAACCAUCAGUGUACAGUUGAUUGGAUUAUUGCAGACAUGCUGGCAAUUAGGCAGAAUGCUCUUGGGCAUGUCCGGUAUGUCUUGAAGGAUGGGUUGAAAUGGCUUCCACUCUAUGGGUGGUAUUUUUCACAGCAUGGAGGAGUUUAUGUGAAAAGAAGUGCCAAGUUCAAUGAAAAAGAAAUGAGAGAGAAGUUGAGGACCCAGGUGAAAGUUGAGACUCCGAUGUAUUUAGUGAUUUUUCCAGAGGGAACUCGUUACAAUCCAGAAAUACCAAAAGUCAUUGCAGAUAGUCAGUCAUUUGCUGAAAAAGAAGGACUUGCUGUAUUAAAGCAUGUGCUAACUCCACGGGUGAAGGCAACUCACGUAGCCAUUGACACAAUGAAAGAUUAUCUGGAUGCAGUCUAUGAUGUGACUGUAGCUUAUGAAGGUACUGUGGACCACAAAGGGCAAAGAAAACUGGCACCAUCUAUGACUGAGUUUCUUUGCAAGGAAUGCCCAAGAGUUCAUAUUUUCAUUGAUCGGAUUGAGCUGAAGGACAUUCCAGAAGAGCAGCUAUAUAUGAGAAGGUGGCUUCAUGAACGUUUUGAAAUAAAGGAUAAGUUACUAAUAGAGUUUUAUGAUGCAAAAGAUUCUAAAAGAAGAAACAAGUUCCCUGGGAAAAGUGUUCAUUCCAAACUAAGCCUCAAGAAAACUUUGCCAUCCUUGCUGUUUUUAGGUGGCCUGACUGCUAGUAUGCUUCUGACAGAAUCCGGAAGGAAGCUUUACGUAAAAACAUGGAUCUAUGGGACUUUAAUUGGCUGCCUGUGGGUUAGCAUUAAACCAUGAGCAGAUGUUAGUCUCUGCUCAGUGAAAUGUGCAGUCUUUCCUUGCACAUUGCACCAAACUUUUUCCUGAGUUUAUAGUUUAAAGAAAUGUGUAAAUAAAGCCUUACUGAUGGAGCAUUGGAAAUAACAGAAAUCACGACUUAAAGCCUCUGUGUGGUUGGUUCGGGGGGAAGUAAAGGUGGAUUUUGCUACUGAGUUUUGCAGAUGAACUCGAGUCACACAAUAAAUUGCUUUCCCCAUGAACUAACAUUCAUCUCUAUCUGCAGAUUCGAUGAGAAAUGAGUUAUGCAUAAGGGUGUCUUAAGUGGACCUGUGAAUGUAUUUACAGAGAUUAAUUUAAGGUAUAUAUUUAUUCUUCUAGAAUUCCUGUUGAUUUUUUUUUGUUGCUCUGGUGCACUGCAGCAACUCAGUUGUGUCUACCCCAGCUGUACCACAACUAAAUUAAAUCUCUUUUUUCUUUAUCUUUGAUUUUGCUUUUUCAGCUUUAGCUAAAUACUGUGUUCUUUAAAGGGGACUGUAAGCUGGCAAGCUGUGAGAUGGUACCUGGAGCAGAAUAAAAUGUUCCUGAGAGCUACUCUUCAUGGGGAAGAAGCUCUGUUGAUCUAGUGCAUGACUUUUUUUUGUUAUGUUGCAGUAUUAGCUGGCUACUUUACAUAAGUAAAACAUUAAAUCUUACUGAGCAAACAGCUUCUUUUGAGCACCCUGUACUUGUGCAUAAAAGGAACGUAUGCAGUAUAAUGAAAUGGUAAAGGGGUCAGGUUUCUUUCUGGUCUAACCAGACUGUAGCCUGCCUUGUGUCUGCAUUGUCCUUAGCACCUCAAGAGGUUCAGCUGAGCUCACAGAGCUUUCAUGUGUCCGUGCCACAAGCAGAAGAUUCCUGUUACCUCACAGUUGUUGUCCAGGUAAUGCACAGUACUACUGUAACUUAGGAGCACUAAGGUAUGGUAACGAGGAACUGCAGGUGUUCCUGCUGGAUCUGAAGCAUGUGCCUUUUCCCACUGAUCUGAUUUACUCUGGCAGUCAUCUCCAUGCUGUAGUGUCACACUAGAUUCCCUGGUCGUUCUAGGCAAUGCAGACUGCAGUUGGGACUGAAAUUGAUAGAUGCAAUUUGCACAAUAGUCUAGUAGUGAAAAAAAAUAACUUACCUGUAUUUCACCUGCUUGAAAAUAGACUUUGAAAUGCAAGAUCAGCAAACUCUUGCUACCAGAAAGUCUGUGAUCCCAUGGCUGGUAGCUUUGUUGGAGAAGUGGCCACUGCUUGGUAUCAAGGGACUAGUCCCUAUGUACAGUGCUCAGGUAGGAAAGAGGAUGCAUUUUAUUUUCUUCCAUUGUGGAAUUGGACUCCCUGUGUCAAAAUGAAAGAACUAGAGAAUAUUUUUGUAUCACACUUGCAAGCUUUAAACGUGCAUCACUCUCUAGCUUCAGUACUGUCUGUCUUGCCUUAGAGUCCAUUGUGAGUUCAAUGUCUCUUUAAAGUUCUAGCUCAGUUUUUCAGAUUCCACCGUUGCCAGUUCAUUAAAGAUACUGCUUUUACUGUGUGGUUGUUUCAUUCUUACAGGAUUCCUUAGAAUAAUUACAAUUCUACCUUAAAAUCAUGGGGUACAACUUCUCAGUUUGCAGCUCUGUGUCCUUCCAUAAUGGAGUUUUGUCACCGGAGUUAUUUAUAUCGGUGAUUGAGUCAGGAUAUGUCGAUGAACCAUUUUAAAAACAAUGACUGGGAACAACGUUGAAAAACAGUAUUGUUAUGAGGCUGUGACACCAGAGAGAGAGAGAGAGAGACAAAAAAAAAGCCAUUUUAUUAACAGCCAAAUGUGCUCACACGUUGUAGUUCUUCCUCUUCUCAGCUGUUUCCAGCGGGUAUAACCCACAAGGCAGUGUUGCGACGUUAGUUUGAUUUCUCAGUCGUGGAAAGGAAUUUUACUUCUGACAUGGCUAAAUUUCUUUGUAACAGCUAAAAGUAACCUUUGGUGAUACAUCAUCAAGAAUAAAUGCAAACUGCUUAAUUCACCUGUAGAAAAAUAACUGCUAUUUUGGAGAGCCUAAUUACCACAGCGUACUGGAUCUCUCGCUGUUUUAAGUAGCAGGAAUAUAAUUGAUGCAGUGCAACAAACAGACAUGAUGUUUGUUUUGAACCUUAUACUCUCUGUUAAUCUUAAUUGGUUUGGGGUUUUGGUUGUUUUUUUUUUCCUUGACAUUAAUUUAUAAAGUUUUAAAACUGUAAUUUGCUGAUGUAUUUGGCACUGGGAGUAUCACAUGCUAUUUCUAAAUAUGCACUGAUAUUAACUUGAAAUAUUUCUUCAUUAAAAUAAGAGCCAGUGCUCAUUCAA